AUGCGGCACGUCUGGUGCGACCGCUCGCACGAGUGGAGGGUUGAUACGUACCCUAGUGUGCUGAACCUAGUGUGUUACUGCAUCCUGGCUUCCAAAUAAUCUGAAAGCUGCAUACGCGGCGCGGAGCGGAAUUUGACAGACCCAGCGCUUGCAAAGUGCACCGCCAAGCCCUCAGCGCGGCCACAACCAAAAAAUCGCGACGUGAAUCGGCCCACCGGCCGCGCCAGACGAAAAAAGGGCGCGCCGCUGCCGCGCACCGGACGCCGACGCCGCGCGAAGACAGCCGCCGCAAGCCGCCGCCGCGGAAUAGCCGCACGCCGCCGCACGCCGACAAGCGAACCGAGCCAUGGCCCGCCAGCGCCAGGCCGGCUCCUACACCUGGACGCAGGUCAAGUCCGUCCAGAACCUCAUCGAGCGCUGCCUGAACCAGUACAUGACGCAAGCAGAAGUGAUCGCUACCUUACAAGUGCAGGCCGACGUCGACCCGGCCCUGACGUGCUUGGUCUGGUCGAAGCUCGAGGAGGCGAAUCCCGACUUUUUUUUGUCGUAUGAUGUUAGACUGAAGCUCAAGGAUCAGGUCGUGGCCUUCAACUACCUGGUCGAGCAGCAGACGCGGCUGCUGCAGAAGCUCACGCUGGCGCUGCCGCAGCAAAGUGGCGGGGGCCUGAUGGAUUGA